AUGGAAUCUAAAUCUUAAAAUUAAAAUUCUUCAUUGGCUGGUGAGAAAUAAUUUAAAGAAAAUCAAUCGUCAGAUUCUGAUUAACCUGAAUAAAAUACGCUGAAGAAAAAUUAACAUAAAAAAAUUAGAAAAUCUUUGACCAAAAGAAAAAAUAGCAAUUGGGGUUCAGGAAGGCCCUCAAAAAGAACAGAAACCAGUGACGAUCAUUAAUGGAGUCAAUAAUUAAUGAACGAGGCUCUUUCUGGAUUAUGGUUUGGUAGAGAUAUCUCAAUGAAAAUGAUCAUAUAUUUAUGUAAAAUGGGAAACAUGAUAUUUAAAGUUGUUACAGGCAUACCAGCCUCAAAAAUAAGGAAAGGAUUUAUGAAAUUUGAUUCCAAUAGUCAUUAAGAUAAAAAAAAAUACUCGCUCUAACUUAAGAAAGAUUUAAAAGUAAUCGAUUAUCAAUAUACUAGAAUAAAAGUUCAAGACUUCUUGAACAUCUAAAUUACCCAGCAGACACAACUUAUAUGUUUUUGGAAAAGAACAACAAUUGCGAAGAUAAAUUAUUAUUAAAAAACAUCUCUGAAGAGACUAAAAUUGGUUUAGAAGUUGUUAUGAAAUCCAUAUCAAAGAACUUUGUUAAUACCUACAAAUUUAUUAUUCGAGAAUACUUUAAAAAUUCUUAAAAUUAUUUUGAAAAUAAUUUAGUGAAUAACAUUGUUAGAUAAUUAGUUGAGAAUCAUUAAGAUCACAAAAUGUUAUUUGAUAGGCAAUUAAUUCAUGAGUUAACAAAAGAUGAUUAUGCUCUGAUCAAUGAAAUUGUAAUAAUUUAACAUUAUGUUUUAAAGGAAUCUGAUCCAUACCAGGCAUAAAUUCAUUUGUAUUAAAAUUCAAGUAUCAGAAGUAUCAACUUCUUUUCGAAUACAUUUAGAGAUGAAGUAGAAGAAAUUAAAAAAAACUCAUUUUGGAUAAGAGAAUUUAUUGAAGGGUUUAUUGAAAUUUUGAAAGGUUCCAAUUAUUAAAUUCAACAAUUUGAUGAUAAUUUCCAAUGA